AUCAUCUUAGAACUCCCUCUUUCUAUUCUAUUUAUCUCCCCUCACCACUUCCCAAUACCUGUUGCAUACAUUUCCUCGUCGCUGCGGAAUCCCGGUUCAUUUUCAAUCUCAGCAAUGGCUAAACGCUUGAUCCCAACGCUGAACAGAGUGCUUGUGGAGAAAAUCGUCCCUCCUUCCAAAACCACAGCGGGUAUUCUCCUUCCAGAAAAGUCAUCCAAGUUGAACUCUGGGAAAGUGGUUGCUGUUGGACCUGGGCUGCGGGACAAAGCUGGGAAUAACAUCCCAGUUGCUGUUAAAGAAGGUGAUACUGUUCUCUUGCCUGAAUACGGCGGAACACAAGUCAAAUUGGGUGAAAAAGAGUAUCAUUUGUAUAGAGACGAAGAUAUCUUGGGGACUCUGCAUGACUGAUUAAUGAUUGUAAUUCUGGGAUUAUCAAUUGAGUUAUUUAAGCUUCUUGUUUUUGAGUUUAAGUGCUCAUGUUCUGGUUGUAACUGAUUAAGGAUGUUGCCUAUUCUUGCCACUUUAUGAUUUUCGAAUCUAAUGAGAAUUCAGAGAUUUCAGAUA